UUUAUCGCUGAGCUAGACAGUACAUUGCGUUACAUUUCUUCAAUUUUGUUGGUUACGGGGCAUUGAUCCCGGAGACCUGAAGAAAAUAAAAGGAUACAAAUUUUGAUUCCAUAAUGGUACGAAAUGAUCCUACACUUUAUGCAUGAAAAAUGCUAGUUUUGAUCUGGGUUUUUGCUGGAAGGAAGAAAAGAAGGUUGUAUAUACUAUAUUGAGUUAGAAUUAGAAUCAGAAGAAAGCAGAGAAAUUGAGUAGGUAGGUGAAUUCCAGAAACAAUGAGUGUCACCGGGAAGAAAAUGACCAAACAGUUAACAGGGAAAAGGGAUGAUACCCAUUUGCAUUCUGCAGCAAGAUCAGGGAGUCUCUCUGUACUAAGGGAGACCCUAUCUGGUAUAGAAGAUCAGGAGGAACUCCAUGAGCUAUUGGCAAGGCAGAACCAAGAUGGUGAAACACCUCUUUAUGUUGCUGCUGAAUAUGGUUAUGUUGAUCUGGUUAGGGAGUUGAUUCAACUUUAUGAUCUUGCUGAUGCUGGAAUCAAAGCUAGGAACGGUUUUGAUGCAUUGCAUAUUGCUGCCAAACAAGGGGAUUUAGAUAUAGUGAAGAUCCUUAUGGAAGCUCAUCCUGAGUUAUCAAUGACUGUGGAUCAAUCUAACACCACAGCAUUGCACACGGCGGCGACACAAGGGCACGUUGAGAUAGUGAAGCUCCUCUUGGAAGCAGGAAAAGGCUUGGCAACCAUUGCCAAGAGCAAUGGGAAAACAGCUUUGCAUUCUGCUGCAAGGAAUGGACAUGUUGCGGUUGUGAAAGUGCUUCUUGAGCAGGACAGAGAGAUUGCAACUCGAAUCGAUAAGAAGAGGCAGACGGCGCUUCAUAUGGCGGUGAAGGGACAGAAUCUUGAGGUGGUGGAGGAGCUGAUCAAAGGAGAUCCAUCAACUAUAAACUUUGUUGACAAUAAGGGAAACACACCAUUGCAUAUAGCAUCUAGAAAGGGCAGGGCUCAGAUUGUAAAGAAGCUUCUUGAGCAGAAAGAAACAAACAAAAAAGUUGUUAACAGGUCUGGUGAGACUGCAUUAGACACUGCUGAAAAAAUGGGGAACCAUGAUGUUAAGAAUAUUCUGUUAGAACACGGCGUUGUGAACGCCAAUGCCUUAGUAAAGUCCCAUGGAAUUACAGCCACAACCACAACCACAGCCACGACCGCAACCACGUCGGCCAGGGAGCUAAAACAAACUGUGAGUGACAUCAAACAUGAGGUCCAUAACCAGUUAGAGCACACCCGACAAACGCGAAAGCGGGUGCAAGGCAUAGCAAAGAGAAUCAACAAGAUGCACCAAGAAGGCCUGAACAAUGCAAUAAACUCAACAACCGUGGUGGCAGUGCUAAUUGCAACGGUGGCAUUCGCGGCGAUCUUCACAGUCCCCGGGCAGUUUGUUGAUGAUCCAAACGAUGUCCCUGAAGGGUCAACACUUGGUGAAGCAAACAUAGCACCACAGGGUGCAUUCUUGAUCUUCUUUGUGUUUGAUUCAAUUGCACUUUUCAUAUCCCUUGCUGUGGUUGUGGUUCAAACUUCGGUGGUGGUUAUAGAGAGCAAAGCAAAGAAGCAAAUGAUGGCUAUAAUAAACAAGCUAAUGUGGUUGGCUUGUGUGCUUAUAACUGUUUCAUUCUUGGCAUUGGCUUUUGUUGUUGUUGGGAAACAAGAGAUGUGGCUUGCUAUUUCGGUUACUGUUAUUGGGACAACAAUAAUGGUUACAACCUUGGGGACUAUGUGUUAUUGGGUUAUUAAGCACCGUAUUCAGGCCUCUAAUUUGAAGAACAUAAGGAGAUCUUCCAUGGAUACAAAUAAGACUAAGUCUUCUUCAGUCACUGCUUACUCCGAUUCUGAACUACUAAACAGAAUGUAUGCCAUUUAGAACUUA